CUUUCGAACUCUGCUGGCUGUGCUGGGGAUUGAUUGUGCUGGCGCUGGCAAAAUAAAGUUGUUUUAACUUUUGCGUGGACACCAGGACCCACUAGCUGCUCGUGCCCGUGGAACAACCGCAGCCAUGGAUUCCCUCGGGUCGGAGAUCGGCCAGAAGAUGCGGAGUGCCGUCAAGGCGAAGCUGAUCGAGCUGGGAACGGGUUCCGCGAGCGGGUACAUCGACGACGAGCUUCCGGACUAUGUGAUGAUUAUGGUGGCGAACAAGCGCUCGCGCCAGCAGAUGAUUGACGAUUUGACGCUGUUUUUGGCCGGGCAGACGGAGGUGUUUGUAAACUGGCUGCACCAGGUGCUGCAGAAGCUGGAGGAGGUCACACUUCCGGCGGGAUCGCAAGCGGCUACGGCGGCGGCGACACCGGCGACUGGUGGCGCGAAGGAGGCGAGUAAGGCGGUGAAGGAGUCGGGCGGGAAGCGGAAGGGUGCUGAGCAGAAGAAGGACAAGAAAAAGGAUAAGAAGACGAAACGGAAGGAGAAGAGUCCGGAGGGUGGGGCGGUGGUGGCGGGAGGGGAGCACACGCCACCACAUCCGGCGGGUCAGCUUGGUGGGGUUGGGUCAAUUCAGGAGGUGUUUGCCAACCAGUACAUUCAGCAGGCGAAGAAGACGCUGGAAAUUACGGAGUCUGCCCCGAAGAAGGAUCCGGUUCAGUUGACGCCGCCACUGAGGGAGAGUUCGCCACCAGCGCAGCGGAGGAAUGAUUUCGACAUUCCGACCAUUUCGGAAAUCGCCGGUCAGAGCGCCCUCCAGAAGCACCAGAAGGAGCUGUCCGAGCUGGAGGAAAUUCAGCAAAAGAUCAAACAAGCCAAGAAGCAGCUCAAAGAGAUGGGUUCGGACGAGUCGGAAGACGAGGACUUUUUGAACAUCAAAGCGAACGACGAAGAUCUGGAGAACAUCGAGGACGGCGGGGCGGGCGCCGCCGCAAGGCGGAAAGAGAGACGGAAGGCUCUGGAACUGGAGAAGGCCCGGAAGAAGGCGGAAGAAGUGACGAUGGAAGAGGAACGGAGUACGACUCCGCCUGCGCCAGCUCCGGCAAAGAAGAAGUCCAUCCUGGAACGGUUGGGAUCACGACCGGAGCCCAAACCUGCCGCACCAGAACCGGAACAAGCUGCGCCCCCGGUGACCAACAAAUCCAACAUCAUCAGCUUGUCGGCGCAUCGCCGCGAAGAACGCGAACUCUACAUUCCGGUGUUUCGCCGGAAGGAGAUGGAGGAGCAACAGCAGCAGCAGCACCAGCAACAACAUCGGGCCAAGUCUCGUGAAACGAACCGAUCUCGAGCGAAUCGGAGUCGUAGCAGGGACCGGGAUCGUCGACGGCGGGAGAGUAGCCGCGAUAGAUCGAGGAAUCGACGCGAGAGGGAACGAGAGCGGGAAAAGGAGAGGGAACGCCGGGAGAGACGGGAGCGCGAGAAGGAACGUGGCCGUGGCAAGGUCAGCAACGGUGCAACUGAAGUGCGUGCCCGGAUUGGGUCGCGCGUAAUUGUGCUUCCGCCCAAGCCGGAAUACGUGGAGGAGGACGAGCUGGAGGUGCCGAUUCCGAGUGUGAUCAAGAUUCAACCGCGGCCGCAGGUCCCCAAGAACAAGCAACCGAGCAAGAAUCUGCUGCUGAAGGCGAUGGCCGAGGCGCAACGGUCGACGGCGUCGAACUUGAAGAAAACCAUCAGCAAUAACCGGGAAGAGAGAGGGGGGUCGUCUUCGUCGAGACCGAAGCGGAUGUUGAUUGAGAUUCCGGGAAACAAACCGGACGGGACGCCGCCGACCGUCGACGUGCACUACGCUGAAGAUGAGGACGAGGAAGACAUCGUGACCGAAGUGCUGCUUCGGGAUGACGACGUGGACGACGAGUUGCAGCAGAUUCUGGACGCGAAUGACGAGUACAUCCCGGAACCGGUGACGAUUUCAAUCUCCGGCCGCUCCGACACCGACAGCGAUGGCUACGUGUACGUUCCGGCCGUCAAGAAGGCGUCGUCGGACGAGCGAACCGUCCCGGAACCGAUGGACGAGUACGACCCAAAGUUUGUCGUCACCCUGGACGGAGCGUACAAGAAAUCUUCCCGCGCCUCCCCAAGCCACACUCCACCGCCACCGGGCGCAGCUUCUUCCACGUCCAAACCAUCGAUCAGAGACCGAAUCGGCAAGAAGGUGACCUCGUCCAGCGAAAAAUCGCCUCCCCGCGAAGACGAUCGCGACCACAUCGAAACACUCAAACGCCGCAAAGAACGCUUCAGCGUGAAAGCAUCUGCGGCCGCUGCAGCAGCAGCCGCCGCGGCAAAGCGUUCAACCUCCCGCUCACCCGAGAAGCGGUCCUCCAAGAAGCGCUCGCCCAACAAGAAGCGAUCCUCCAACUCGAGCAGCAACAACAACGCUUCUUCCUCGUCCUCUUCAAAGCCUUCAACGACAUCCGGAACUAGCACCCGCAACCGCUCCUCCCCGGCGGAUCUCAACGAGCUGCUGCUCCAGCGCACCAAGGAGCUGCUCGUGGACGACAGCGUGUCCUCCUCGCCGAUCUACAUGUCCAAGUCGGACUACGAGAAGAUCGAGCCGAACUCGUCGUCGCGCAAGCGCAAACGCGUCUCGCCAAUCCAGUUCGAGCUUACGGAUGACGAGGCGGACGACACGGACGGGGAGUACAACCACCACCGGGACCGGGAACAUCGCGAGCGGAAGCCGCAGGAGCCACGCAUUUCGAUCGCGCUGGACGAUGGCGAGCGACGGCGGGAGCACUCCCAGCGGGAGAGUGAGCGGAGGACGGCGGCAGCAGGGGAUGACGGGGAGCGGAGGAAGAGCGGUGGGAACAACGGUUCCGGGCCGUACAGUGAGGUCAAGGUGUCGCCGACCAAGAAGAUCAAGAAGCUGGAGUCGAGCCGCAAGUUUGACGACGUGCCGCAGUUGCUCAGCUCGGUGUCCGUCCCGGCAGAAGGACUGCUCGCGUCCAAGAGCAAGGGCCUCAUCAAGGAACGCUGCAAGUACUUCCCGUCGUGCCGGCAGGGUGACUCCUGCGAGUUCCUCCAUCCGAGCACACCCUGCAAGGCCUUUCCGGCGUGCAAAUUCGGCGACAACUGCCUCUACCUGCAUCCCUACUGCAAGUUUGACAAAACCUGCCACCGGCUGGACUGCAACUUUAUGCACUCGAAGCCGCUGCUGGUCGGUUCGUCGGCGGGCCCGUCGGCACCACCGCUAGCUUCCUCCGUGGUCCCAGUGCAGAACUACAAAACCAUCACGGCGAAACCGCUGCCGGCGCUGUGCAAGUUCUACCCGGGCUGCACCAACGGCCUCUGCCCCUACUACCAUCCGAAGAUGUGCCGCUUCGGGCGCAACUGCAUGAACAAGGUCGAGUGCAACUUUUAUCACCACGAUCUGCCCGGUGGCGGCAGCGGCAGCGGUGGUGGACUCGGCGCCGACUUCCACGAGGUUCACUCCAAGGACAAGUUCAAGUGGAUCUCGCCGUUUUCGGCUUGAAUUUGAGUUUUUUUUUCUUCUUUCUCUUGGCUCUUCUCUUUGCUAUUGUUUGUGCAUUAGAAUUACACACAAACGGACACACUCACACACUCUCGGAAGGAUACUUUUAGUGCAAAGUAUCGAAUUAUUACACACAAACAAUAGUUUUGUUAAUUGCUUCACACUUUUUCAUUAGCUGAAAACUUUCUCAACCAUAAAAUUCAACAUAAAUACCUAACUCUUUAUCGACUAAGGCAAUACGUGACGUGUUUUUAAUUGUUUUUCUAGUUUUAGACAACAACCCCGUAGGUAUUUAUUCCCCAACAUUUUUUUUAACUCUGCUCUGCGUCGUAGUUUGAACUCGCGGCAAAUUGUAAAUAGUCUGACCCAUACAACAAGAAAAAACAUGAAAUAGAGUGUGGAUUGAAGAUGAACUUUGACAAAAAAAAACUAUUAAAUAAAAUAAAUAAGAGAGGGAGUUUCGAUUUGAAAAUUAGAAUUUUGAAGUAAAACAAAUUGUGCAAAAAAAAGGAAGAAAGUAAGCGAAAGUAGUAGUUUUGUUCUGUUAUAAACACACCCAAUUAAGAGAACCUUUUUUAGGGCAAGAGAAGGUUGGUGUUACACAGUUAGUUUCCGUGCUGAUAGAUUACAACCGUACCGAUUACACAAACACAUGCAAACAUUGAGUGGAGAAAAUUUACAGAAUAAUAUAUUCGAUUAACCUUAAGG